CACCUUCGGUUUCAAUCCCCUACCCCGUCAACUCAUAGGACCGGCAACACAGCUGCUGCUUGCUCCGGGAAUCGAUACUUGACUCGAUUCCUGAUGUCCUCCCAGUGUGUUUUCGUGGGAUUUUAGCUCCCUGGCGGCGGCGGCAUGGCUUCGGAUGGGUCUUCGCCCACAUGUUCGGGUCUUGGCCCGGCGACCAUCGACCCGGAGCUCCUGACCCUCAUAAUCACAACGUCGCCGACGCCUUCGGCGCCUUCAACCGAGCUACUGUCCAUGGUCAUCCUUUCCUUUCGUGAGUACUGCCCUGCAUUGACGCAAUGCAGGGUCAUUCUCGUGCUCGACACGUACGACCACAUCAGCUCUGCCCCUCGCCUUAAGAAAGGCCAUGUGACAGUAGAGGGCGCCCGGAAAUUCGCCGAAUACAAGGAGAACGCGAAGCGGCUCAUCCUCCACGAGUACGGGCCAAACGGAAGUGCUUAUUCGGAAGGGGACCUUAUUGCUUCGUCUGGCGAGGCCGAGUUUGGCUCCACGGCCUACGCACAACAGACGAACACGGUGCCGCUAACAAUCACCAAGACUUCGGAUGCACGCAUCGUGUUUGUCGAACCCUCGCAGCGUCUAGGGUUCGGUUUAGCAGUGCGCUCAGCCCUGAGGCUGACCGAGACACCCUACGUCUGGGUACAGCAGCACGAUUGGUCUCUUGUUUCAGCAAUCCCUCUCGGCCCGCUUCUCAGAGUGAUGCAACAGUCAGAACUAGAGAGUACGUCCUCGGAGGAUACGGAAACCGUCCGAGUGCCCAUCAAAUACGUUUGCUUUCCCACCGUAAGGAUGGUGCAGUACGCGACGUCUGACCACGUCAUGCUAUUCCCAGCCCUCCGGGCCCUGACACAGCUUCACAAGCAGAACUUCUCUGUCCAAUCCGGGGAUGGGAGUACGACCAAGAUUCCGCUCACUCCUCUGUUCUUCUGGCAUGACAAGCCGCACAUUGCGGCAACUGAGCAUUACCUCUCGGUCGUAUUCCCAAACCGCGCAGCGCUGCCCCGGGGCGCCUUCAUCGAGGAUACCAUCGGUCACCGUGCGCGGACGGAAAUGAAGAACGGAGAGUGGCGGAAGUGGGCUUGUUGGUUAUAUUACCCUGAUGAAGGGAAGCAGCUCUGCAUGAGACAUCUUAAGGGAAGGACCUGGCGGGGAACCGAGGCGGAACUCGCGCAGAAGCUGGAAUAUAUGCGGCUGACGUCGAGCGACUCAUAGAUGGGAAUCGUAUGUUCGGAUUGGAGAUAGACAAGUGUUUGGGCAGCGCCGAAUCUGGCGUGUCGACCACCUAGAGUACCCUUGUGGCGAUCGGCUUCCACUCUGAAACGGGCCUGUCUGUCGGUACAAGCCAGACCACUCCGCCAUCCCAACCGUCCAACUGGCUUCCAUCUUCGGUUUCGCCAGCGCUAUCCUGAGGUAGCUUGACCCCAGCUUCCCGCACCACCUUUGCCACCUGCUUCAUCACUUCAUCUUCCAUCGGUACAUCCCCG